AUGACAGUGACAUACACCAACCGUGUGGCCGACGCCCGCCUGGGCACCUUCUCCCAGCUCCUGCUCCAGUGGAAAGGAAGCAUCUACAAGCUGCUCUACUCCGAGUUCCUCAUUUUCAUCUCUCUCUACUUCACCAUCAGCCUUGUCUACAGGCUGGUCCUGAGCGAGAGCCAGAGGCUGAUGUUUGAGAAGCUGGCUCUCUACUGCAACAGCUACGCCGAGCUCAUCCCCGUGUCCUUCGUGCUGGGCUUCUACGUGGCCUUGGUGGUGUCCCGUUGGUGGGCUCAGUAUGAGAGCAUCCCGUGGCCAGACCGCAUCAUGAACUUGGUGUCCUGCAACGUGGCCGGGCAGGACGAGUACGGGCGGCUCCUGCGGCGCACGCUGAUGCGCUACAGCAACCUCUGCAGCCUCCUCAUCCUCCGCUCCGUCAGCACCGCCGUCUACAAGCGCUUCCCUCCGCCGCCCCCCGGCCCCGACCCCUGGGGCCUGAUGACACCAGAAGAGCACAAGAAGUUCGAGAGCUUGAAUUCCCCCCACAACAAGUUCUGGAUCCCCUGCGUGUGGUUCUCCAACCUGGCUGUGAAGGCCAGGAACGAGGGGAGGAUCCGGGACAGCGUGCUGCUCCAGGGCAUCCUCAACGAGCUCAACACCUUGCGCAGCCAGUGCGGGCGACUCUACGGCUACGACUGGAUCAGCAUCCCCCUGGUCUACACUCAG